AUGAAGGCUUGUCCGAAAUGUUAUUUGAAUCGGGUACCCGCUCUACGACUUCUCCCAUCCACUGCUGAGGUAUUACCGCUUCUCACAAAUCAAGAGUGGCGCGCCUCAUCCAAUAACACCGACACACUGGCCACUCCUCAACCUGACGACGUACCAACUGUACCGAAAUCUUCUGUUCCGUCUGCUGAUGAAAACCUAGACCACUGGUGGUUUUGCCGCCUUUGUGAUGAGGUUCAUCCCCUUGUUUGGGUUCGACUACAACAUUACCCACUCUGGCCCGCCAAGGUUAUGGCCGUUGAUGGGGACAGUUUGCUUGUUAUGUUUUUCGGUGAUUACGAAGUCACUUUAGCACCCGCGGGAUCUGCCCAGCUUCAUUCUGAGAACCGCGUUAGCCACCCCUCAUUGCUAACGAAAUCGAACGGUACGACGAAUCUCCCGGCCUUGGAACCCGCCAUUAGUCCGACUUCUGUCGGGGCAAGCAGCACACGGACACCCACUCCUCCUCCCAUCUCCCCGGUUUCCGUUUGCGGUCGAUCUUCAAAAGGGCUGCUCACGGAUUCGGGUGUGGAUGCUAGUUACAAACAAGCUGUCGCUGAGCUGAAUUACAACGUCUAUUUAAUUCAGCAGCGGUAUCCAAACUUUAAGCUUCCUGCAAAUAGUUUGGAAUACAGCAAGAAACAAGUCAAUCGUUAUUAUGCAGCUUGUUGUGAUAAUACUCAAGUCAAAAGCAAGAGAACUGAAGGCCAAGCACGGUUUCCGUUGCGUGUGAGCACGCAUGUAUCAUCCUCCUGCAUGGAACCAGUCACGUCAGAUACCGGCUCCAACCCACUCCCUAGCAGGCAACGCAGCUUGACAAACGAUCCUCCCGGGGAAGCGUAUCCCGAGCCACUUUUGUCCCGCGUUGCUGCCAGCAUUCGUGACACCGCUGGGAGUAGUGCAUUAACCACGGUGAAUCCCGAACCUGAAGCUCCUCGAACAGAAUACUUGGAUCACAGUAACAUUCCAAUGCUUGAUACGGCACGGGCGAUGAAUGAUGCAUCAUCUGCCACAAAUGUUCGCGAUUUGCUACCUGGGCCCCUGCACCCUAUCCCCGAUUCCGCUAAGGAGGAGUGCAAUUCAUCCGAUGAGAUACACUCUUUACUCCAACGAUUCCGGUCUCAAUUCGAAGAAGUUUUGAUUAAUCUGGAAGAAAAAUGGCAUCUCGCCCGUAAAGAUUCCGACGGUGUCGAUCGUCCUACCGUGCCUCCAGCACUCAGCUCCUUCACUAACGAACAGGAGGCUCAGACUACUACACCUCAUUUGACAGACAGUUUCGUCCAAAAAUCCGAAGAACCUCCGUACCUUGAUGGAGCUGCCACAGCCACCUCGGGUGUGCAGCGCACUCACACCGGUUCAUUGAGUGCCCUUCAAGCUGCAAUAAUGGAAGGUGAAAUCCAUCGGCUGGACCGAGAAAAUCAACGCUUGAAUUUAUUGCUAGCCUUUACCCGUGCGGAGAUGGCUUGGGAAAUGAGACACCGCAUCAUGGAGCUUCGCCGAGUGUGGAACUUCGAACUUUCUUCCAUUAUGGAUGCAGCUAGUAAAAUAUGGGAGCAAGAUUUGAUUCGCAUUGUGGACGCUGUGAAGCGCAAACAAUGGUGUGCUUACUGUGGUCGACUAGCAUACUACUAUUGCUGCUGGAAUACGUGUUACUGCAACAACGUGUGUCAAUCCAAACACUGGGCUUCCCACAUCAAUGUGUGCGUCCAAGCUCGGACACAAAACGUGACUAGCGCUGGACACUCGGAUACCGAAACGCCAAUCCUCAGUCCCUCAGCCAUUACCGUUGGCUGGCAACCAAUUACCUUCCAAUACGAAUCCAGGCCGCUGGUCCAUGACAUCUGGACCUUGAAACUUUCCUCGCACGCAUCAGGCGCCAACUUCCAAGUUACCAGGACACUUUCCGUGUUGACGCCACUUCUUAGUUACUAUUUCUCCCUGUUUUAUUGCAUAUUUUUCAUGUACAUUCUUUACAUCACUCAUCCGUCUUCGUCUUGA